CUUUUUUAACCAUUUUGUUAUUACAUUUUUGGUGUUGGCGGGAGGCCAUAGUCAUCUGGUUCCUUGCGGACCCUAAUUUCCAUUGUUCUUAGUUCCAAGUUUUACAAGGAUUCCAUUCUGAGCUUUCUUUGAGCGGAUUUCCUGAACAAUCUUCUGCUUUUUCUUUCUCUCCAUAGCUUCAGCUCAACAAUUUUCCCUUCAAUUUCGCCUCCCUUAUGCAAAGCUCCUUCAACCCACUCUCAAAUUCCCUUCAAUUUCCCCGCCCAUGGACUCUCAGGCCCAGAUUCUGCUCCACUCCUCCAACUCUUGCCACCUCUUUCAGAACUUGCUACAGAGCCGACGAGGGCAUCGAUGAUGGACCCGGGCCCAGCGCCCCCCUUCGUUUGCCCCUCCUGCUCCGGAGGUCCGGUAGGGUUUCUCAGUACGUGUGGGAUGGGUCUUGCCUACAGUUGGUCGGUGUUGAUGGUGCCGCCUCCUCUGAUUCUUCUGAUUUCGAUGAUGGGUUUCGAACUUUGUGCACAGCCUGUGGUUUGGCUGUUAAAGAUUUUUUCAUUCCGAAGAAUGUCAGUGAGCAUUAUGUAUGUUAUGUAAAAUGGAAGCUGUUGCAUCGGGUUUUCAGUUCUGCGCUCCAGGUUAUUGCUACUCAGGCAAUGUUUCGGGCUAUAGGAGUUGGCCACACGCGUUCGCUAGCAUCUGCAGCAGCCCUUAAUUGGGUCUUGAAGGAUGGACUUGGACGGUUAAGCCGGUGCAUUUACACUGCUAGCAUAGCAUCUGCAUUUGAUACGAAUUUGAAGAGAGUCAGGUUCUUGACCGCUGUUCUGUUCAGUUUAAGCAUUGCAGUUGAGUUGCUGACACCGGCGUUUCCUCAGUACUUCUUGCUUCUUGCAUCAAUUGCGAACAUUGUGAAGCAAAUAAGUCUUGGAUGCUACUUAUCAACUGCUUCUGCAGUUCAUAGAAGUUUUGCAGUGGCAGAUAACCUUGGUGAAGUUUCUGCUAAGGCACAGAUUCAAUCAGUGUGCUUUGAUAAUCUCGGUCUUGUACUUGCCGCACUUCUGAACUUCUUGUCCAAAAAUGAUCAAAGAUUGCAAUCAGCUUUACCUUUUGUGGUUUACCCCAUUUUUGCUGCAAUGGAUCUUUUUGGAACAUAUCAGGGGCUUAAACAUGUCCAUUUGCAAACUCUAACGAAGGAUAGACUCGAGAUAAUAUUAAGUACUUGGAUCGAGCGAGGAUACGUGCCCACGCCUGCAGAAGUAAGUGAGAUGGAAGGAAUUGAUUUACUAUGCAGAAAGGGUAAGGUUUCAUGGCCAAUCAGAAUAGGUUGCUUGAAUCUGGAGUCUCAAGUACCAAAAUUGUCAAUGCUGGCAAUGCGUUGUGUGUCUAACAAGGACUACUAUUUUAUAUGCAUGGAUGUCUUCUGCAGAGGUUUAACAACAAAUAGACACGGUAUCCUUCUCUGUCUCCGGGAAGGGGCUCGCGCAGCAGACAUCAUCACGGGUUUAUUGCAGGCAUGUUUUAUCCGCAAAGCGAUUGUAUCGAAGGCGAGAAUUUGGGAAGAGGAAAUUGUGAAAGGUAUUGAUUUGUCAGAUGGAAUGUGCAAGGAGUGGGUGAAUUUGGUUGAGGAUAGCAAGAAAUAUGCAGAAGAAAAUGGUUGCUUUUUGAUUCAGCAAAUGCCAAGCUUAGGAUGGGCAGUUAAGAAUGUUCUGCUGAGUACAAAUGAGCAAAUACGAUACAGUUUUGUUAAUGACUGAAUGAUUAUCCAUACAGUGGGGUUUCAAGCCAUACCAAUUACAAAAUCAACCAUUUUUUUUAGGCCCAUACAAGGGUACUUUAGGGAUGCAUUUAGGAUUUGCUAGUUCUAAUUUUAUUUUAUUAUAGUAAUUUGUUCACACAAUUUUACAAGUAAAUAAAGUUAUGGAACAAAUAUUAAUUUUAUUGAUA